AAAUUCCGCUGCGGACGCUCUUUCUCAUAAUCUGCCGUGGCCCCCGUCCUCAGCUCAAAGCUCGGCGCCUUCUCCUCCUCUUAUUACUGCAACCCAAGGACUUGCUCCCCACCCCAAGCUUCUGCCAGUAACCUCACUCUUUCUUUUGCGCUGAACGAGAUACGUUCGCGCCACAAUCAUCGUGUCUUCAUUACAGAGCCAAAUAGCAUCGCUGCUGCCAAGCAUGAGCAGCGUCGAACAACAAGCACCCGUGCCCGCCGCGGCCACCACGCCGCAGCAGCAGCCUUUGGGCACGCCCACUCAGCAGAACGCGCCUACGCCUGCGUCUGUUGCUAACUCGGGCGGCGACCAACUCACCUGCCAGUGGCAGGCAUGCGGCGAGCGUCUGCCUUCAGCAGAGCAGCUUUACGACCACGUCUGUGAGCGCCAUGUUGGCCGCAAGAGCACCAACAACCUCAACUUGACCUGCCAGUGGGGUAACUGCCGCACCACGACUGUGAAGCGUGACCAUAUCACCUCUCACAUCCGUGUUCACGUGCCAUUGAAGCCGCACAAGUGCGACUUCUGCGGCAAGGCUUUCAAGCGUCCUCAGGAUUUGAAGAAGCACGUCAAGACCCACGCUGAUGACUCUGUCUUGCUCCGCUCACCCGAGCCCAACCGGGGCGGACCCCACGGCGCUGGCGGUUAUCCCGGCCAGAGCGGUAAACUGGUUGCUGACUUGCAGGCGCUUGCCGCUACAGCCAGCGGUUACCAGUACCCUGAUGGUGCUCUAGGAGCCAACGGAGCCUAUGGACAGCAGCACCCUGGAGGCGCACCCGCCGGAUUCUACGGAGGCCCUCCCCAGAACUCCGCCUAUGGCCCCGUUUACUACGCUGUCAACCAGACGCAGCAACUCACCAAUGAUUACGAGAUCCGUAAGCGUGCCGCGUACGAUGCAUUGAACGAGUUCUUUGGCGAUGCCAAGCGCCGUGCAAUUGAUCCCUCUACCUACUAUGACGUUGGCCAGCGUCUGAUGGGUCUCCAGGGUGUCCAGCUCCCCGUUCUCGGUGGUUACCAGUCUCCUGGAAUGGGCGAGUACGGCCACGGUGGCACAAUGGUCGCCCAGGCUUCGCACCCCCCGAUGCACCACCCUUAUUCGCUGCCCCUGCCUAACCUGAGGACCAAGAGCGAUCUCCUGAACAUUGACCAGUUCUUGGAGCAGCUCCAGAGCACCGUCUACGAAAACCCCAACCACGCCGCAGCUGCGGGUGUUCAGCAAGCUGGAGCUCACUACGUCCACACCGGCGCCGGAGGCUACCGCUCAAGCCACUCCCCGCCUGGCCUGUCGAGCAGCCACUCCCAAUCAUCUCACGCUACAGCUGCUGCCAACGACACACCCGCGCUCACACCCGCCUCAAGUGUCUUGUCUUACAGCUCUCAGCACUCGCCCGGCGCCAGCCACUCUUCCAGCGGUGUCUCUCCCACUUCAAGAUCUUCCAUCAGCAGCAUGUACCCCACUCUUCCGUCAGUCAGCGCCAUGUCUGACAUGUCUGCUGCCGCACCUUCCUCCGGUCUUGCCCCUGCUUUCGAUGCUGAUGGUCGCCGGAGGUUCUCUGGCAACCUUCUCCAGAAGGCUGCACCUGACCGAAGGGAGGUUGACGAGAUGGACACUGGCUCUGACGGUUCCUCCAAGUCGCGCCGCAACUCUGAUCAGGACGACUUACAUCAUGAUGUCAACCAGUUGGCUAUCCACUCUCCUAAGGUGGAUCCCGCUCUUCGCUCACCUAGCGUUGUCUCCGACACUCCCACAGAAACAGCAAACGACUCUCAGGUCUGGGUUGAGAACAUCCGUGUGAUCGAGAGGCUCCGAGCUUGGCUCAAGGAGCGCCUUGACUCUCGUGACUACCUCGACGAGGAGGGCAAUGAGGUUAGCAAGGAGGAGCACCACAGCAUUGAGGACGACGAUGAGCACAACCUUUACCCCGUCCUUCGCGCUGUGCAAGAAGGCCGAGAGUAGAUUGUCUUAUUGAGAAAUUCAAUUAGCGUUAGCGGAGUUCAUUGGCGUUGCGGUGCAUCCAGAAAGAUACCUGAUUGGCACAUCAGGUGGGCUAGGUUUUCUUGUCGCACGAUGAUUGUGUGGGUUAUUUGCUUCUUGUAUGGAACGGUCUCUACAUCGGAUAUACCAUGAACAGCGUGUUCACCUUUUGUUUCGCUUGACGUGCUAUCAUAGUAGAGUCCCAAUGGAAAACUUCCCACUGUUCACAUCAAACACAUUCGCUUCUAUAUCCUAUGUGAUCUUAGACUACU